AUGCAGGCUGAGAACUCGCUGGGCGACGGGCCACAGACGCUCAUUGCUGCACUCCAGAACGGCCGCGCGGAAUUUCGAAAAAUCUUGCAGCUUGCUCACUACGUGAAGGAUAUCCAAGCCCUCACCCGGGCGGAGCUCGAUGGUCGUCGAGCGACAUCGCACCUCCUGCCUCCCGAGAUCCUGGGGAUCAUAUUUGAAUAUGCGCUCUCCGCAGAGGAGGCCGUAAACGCACCUAACGAUACCGUCUGGCAAGGUCGCGUUCCUAUGAGCACCGCCUUGGUCAAUUUGCGACAGGUUUGCACACACUGGCGCGACGCCCUCCAAAGCUUCGCCUUCCCGUGGACUUCGAUCGAUGACCGCGGCGGAUCCGAACUCUUCAUCCAGAACUCGAAGCAGCUUCCCGUGUCGGUUCACGUUAAGGAAGACCAUUCCCAGCUUAUUCCCCAUCUUCCCGGUCUCGGCCCCCGCCUACGCGAGCUCUUCUGGGGUCCGGUGUACUCUGAAGCGCACAAGGCGGAUGUGCUUAUCUUCCCGGCGCCGCAACUCGAGCUGCUAUAUUUGAAGUGCUACAACGAACAUACGGCGUCGAUCAACGAGCUGUCGCCCAUGCUCUUCUCGGGACAUGCCCCAAGACUUCGCAAACUCCACCUUACCGGCCACACUGGUCUACCAUGCAAUCAAUUUACAGUUCUAACGCACUUGUGCUUGCAGGAUGUUUGCGAUGCCCUCGAUAUUACUGCGAUCGCCAGCUUGUUACUACAGUGUCCUCGACUGGAGCAUCUCGCGUUCAUCGGGCAUAUGCCUCUACACCCCGACGACCCUGACCCGCAUCCCCUGCGUCCUGCGCAUACUCCUCAAAUGCUCCCUCACCUCCGCCGACUCUCGUUCGAUCGUGUAUCUUCCUGCUUCAUCCUUGAUAUCACCCACAUCAUCUACCCCCGCCGACCAGACUUCGCCCUCCAAGUGCUCCAGUUGCCGAUCAACCGCCUCGACACCGUCAAGCUCUGCAUGUGCGCGUUCCCGUUCCUCACCUCCCACCCGCUCACGUACCUCGCGUACGUCCGCAAAAGUUGGCACUCGAGCAUCGGUCUUGUUGGGUUCAGCGCGCACGGCGCGCUCCGGAUCUUCACCGCGUACGAGGACCUCGACAGCGACAACUUCGAACCGGGUCGCGACACGUCGUGGGCGCUCGCACACCUCGACCGCCUCGAUUCAACCACCGUCGAGGAGUUCUCGUUUGACUUCCUGCGCAUCCGACGGCAGGCCCUGCCACCCGUGCCGGUGGGCACGCGGGAGGUGUUCGCGCGCGUCCGCGCGAUGCCGCGCCUGCGCGUGCUCAACGUCGCCACGAAUGACCUCAGCAUGUUCCUUAGCAUGCUGUACCGCGGCUACCUCGCCGAUCUUUUCGUGGGCGCGGACUGGCACCUGGAGGUGCUGCGCAUAUUCGUGCGGGACCACGUUCCUGGGCAGGCGCCGGUGGUACGCAAUCCGUUCAAUAGAGUGGACGAGGGGGCCGCGAAGGCGCUCGUGAUCGACAGGGUGGUCAUCCACUGUGAUUUGGACCCUGCGUUGUUCACGGUCACCUUGGCCACACUGAGGGCGAUGGGUCCGACUAUAGAGUUUGGGCGCACGGAGGACUUGGGGGAGGCCGCCAGGACGCAGGUUCCGGCGGGCUUUGCGAGCAGCAUGGAUCCGGUCGCCCAUCCUGCCUGGGAAGGUGGACGGUGGCUCAAACCCAUCGACGAUAAUUAG